GACUCAAAGCCCAAGUUAUGGACCGUGGGAUGGGACACCUUUGUUACCAUUUACGACGAUAGCAAAGGCCCCGAUGACAAGAUCGCCGACAUGAGAGGCAUAGAAUCAACCUUGCCUGCUAACGCUUAUAGCGCUGUAGGUGGCGUCGACAAGCAGAUUGCCCAAAUCCGGGACCUCAUUGAGAUUCCUCUAACACAUCCGGAGCUCUUCCGCCACUUUGGUCUCAAACCGCCUCGUGGUAUCCUCUUGCAUGGCCCGCCGGGAACAGGAAAGACUCAUCUCGCACGUGCAAUCGCGGCUUCAACGAACUCUUCGGUCAUCAUCAUCAAUGGUCCCGAACUUUCCUCUGCUUAUCACGGCGAGACUGAAUCCAAGAUCCGUGACGUCUUCGCCCAAGCCCGGGCGAAGAGUCCAUGCAUCGUCGUGCUCGAUGAGGUCGACGCGCUGUGUCCCCGGCGUGAGGAAGGCCCCGGUGGAGAGGUAGAAAAGCGCGUCGUGGCGCAAUUGCUAACUAUCAUGGAUGGCAUAGAGGAAAUAGGCAAAGACGGGAAGGAGGAGCAGGUCGUAGUCGUCGCGACAACUAACAGGCCGAAUGCCAUCGAUCCUGCCCUUAGAAGACCGGGGCGAUUUGACCGAGAGAUCGAAAUUGCAAACUUGUUUUCAGGCGUACCAGAUGCUGAUGCACGAGCUUCGAUCUUCGACGUCCUCCUUGUCAAAACCCCACACACGCUUACUCGGGACGAAAUUCGCACUGUAGCUUCGCGCGCGCAUGGAUACGUUGGCGCCGACCUUAGUGCCGUAGUGCGUGAAGCCGGCACUUCGACCAUAAAACGCUGGCUCGCCUCGCAUUCUUCCGACCCGUCCUCGAUCUCGGAGGCCAAGGUCACUUUUGACGAUCUCGCCGGCGCGUUAUUGAGCGUCCGCCCAUCCGCACUGCGCUCCGUCUUUCUCGACACUGCUCGCGUACGCUAUAGCGACAUCGGCGGGCAAGCUACAACAAUUCAGAAGCUGCGCGAGUGUGUAGAAUGGCCAGUCAAGCAUCCCGAGGCGUUUGAGAGGCUUGGUGUCAAAGCUCCGAAGGGUGUGCUGUUGUACGGUCCGCCUGGAUGUAGCAAGACAAUGCUCGUCCGUGCUUUGGCUACGGAAAGCGGGGUGAACUUCGUCGCUGUCAAGGGUCCGGAGCUGCUGAAUAAAUAUCUUGGCGAGUCCGAGCGCGCAGUUCGCGAAAUCUUCAGGAAAGCUCGAGCAGCUGCGCCCUCGAUCAUCUUCUUUGAUGAAGUCGACGCCCUCGGCUCUUCGCGCACUGGUUCCGAUAGCAACGCUCACGAAGGCGUGCUUACAAGUCUUCUAAAUGAGAUUGACGGCGUGGAGGAGCUCGUCGGUGUGACUGUCGUUGCAGCGACGAAUAGACCAGACGUCUUGGACUCUGCACUCAUGCGCCCUGGUCGCUUGGAUCGCCAAAUCUUCGUCGGCCCACCUGAUUUCCAGGGACGCGUGGAGAUUCUUAGGAUACGUACACAAAAGAUGAGCGUUGAGCCCGAGCUUGACGUCGGACAAAUUUCUCGGAUGACCGACGGCUAUUCUGGCGCUGAGCUCGCUGCGCUCUGCCAAGAGGCGGCGAUGCUGACGAUGAGAGAGAACUUCCAGGCUCAAUUUGUGCCUCAAAGUGCGUUCAUCGAGGCCGCCAAGGUGGUCAAGAAACAAAUUACGCCAGAGGUUCUGCGGCGGUACCGGCAGUUUCAGGAAGGCCACGAACUGUAA